AUGGAAACACCUGAUACACGGAACCUUUCUGAGAAGCAAAGCCUCGAGGCGCAAGACAGCGACGGAAACGGGUCGACCUCGGAAGGGAACACCUCAAGCAUCGAAAGCCGCUCGAAGCGGAAAUGGAAUAUUUUCCCUCCCCCGCCGGUCAAAGAGCCUGGACCACCGCCAGAUGGCGGCCUCAGGGCGUGGCUUCAAGUCCUCGCGGGACACCUGGUGUGCUUCGUCACUUGGGGAUUGAUUACUAGUUUCGGAGUCUUCCAAUCUCACUACGAAGAACUGCUUCACGUAUCGCCUUCGACCGUCUCGUGGAUUGGCACAAUCCAGAUCUUUAUACUCCUCGCGAUCGGGACUUUCUCAGGUCGAGCAAGUGAUGCUGGUUUCGUGCACCAGGCUGUCCUCUUGGGAACAGUUCUCAUUGUUUUUGGCAUGUUUGUGACGAGUGCCGCCACGCAGUACUAUCAGUUCAUCCUCGCCCAAGGCGUCGUCAUUGGAAUUGGAAUGGGCAUCUUGUAUAUGCCGGGUCUGUCGGUACCAUCUUCGUAUUUCAAGGAAAAGAAACCCCUCGCGGUCGCCAUUGUCGCUUCCGGCGCCGGGUCGGGUGGCUUGGUGUACCCAGCCAUGAUCCAACAGCUGCUUCCUCGUGUCGGUUUCGGCUGGACGAUCCGAAGCAUGGCCUUCGUGACCCUUUUCAUCUCGAUAUUUAUCAAUCUUCUCUUGCGCGUCCGCGUCCCUGCGCGUAAAUCGGGCCCGAUCGCCGAGUUGGGCGCUUUCAAAGAACUCGAUUAUGUGUUCUUCAUCAUAGGCUUUUUUCUCAUUUAUUGGGCCGUAUACUUUGCUAUUUACUAUAUUGAUCUCUAUGGCCACACAUAUGCCUCUUUCACCAGUCUUGAUUCCAUCAACCUACUCCUCAUCACCAAUGCGCUCGGGAUUCCAGGUCGCAUUUUGCCUGGGUUCAUCGCGACGUACUAUUUGGGGCCUAUCAAUACGGCAAUACCAACCGCAACGGUGGUCGCUAUCGUGUUGUUCCUUUGGCCUGUUGUCGCCCAUGAAAAGAUCCCCUUGUACGUGUUUGCUGCUGCGUACGGCUUUGUAGCAAGCGCCAUCCAGUCGUUAUUCGCUGUAGGACUAGCUGCACUGACGACAGACCUAAGUCGGCUAGGCACUAGGAUGGGCAUGGUGUUUAGUGUCGUAGCGUUCGCCAGUCUGACCGGAGUUCCCAUCGCUGGCGCGAUCAUAGAAGCCAGCGGAGGGCGCUAUCUCGGUGCGCAACUGUGGGCGGCGAGCAUCACGUUACUUGGGGCCGUGGCUCUGCUUGUUGCGAGGGUAAGCAAGGUGGGCUGGGCACGGACGAAGAUUUGAAAUUGGACCUUUACCACAUAAAGACUUAUUUUGGGCGGUAUGAUCUCGCCUUCAUACCUUUUAUCCGUCACCCACGAUACCCUCUAUGUCGGUGUCUGUCCGAAACGGGAAUCAUCCCCUGAGAUACCGUCACUGUACCAAAAUAUGUGCCAAAAUGUAUAGAGUCUUGAAUAGAUAGCUAAUAGCCACCUCCCACUGAGGAAUAGGGGACGUUAUAGAAGAUAGAACUUGGGGACUAUUGUAGCAGCUUUCCACAUGUC